AGAUAAAGAACGCUUGUGGUCCCCCUGUUGUGCCAGCAAACAGCCAUUUAACCAGAGAAGAUUGGAGUAUUGGGGGUGAUGGGGCAACUAUAAACUGUAACCCAGGUUAUGGCUUGUCAGCAGACCCCAUGUUUAGAAACAUCACUCUCACUUGCUUUAGUGCAGGAGGUGUCAAUGUAUGGGAACCAGAUUCAUUUUUAUUACAAUGCUUGCGAUUAUCAUGUCCUGACCCACCAUUUAAAGCCCACGGUUCAGUUGUCACAUCACCUGCAGGAAUAUUAUCUGGAGAUUAUAAAUUUAGUGAUAAAGUAACUAUAACUUGUGAUUAUGGUUAUGCAUUCGGUGGGAAGCCUGGUGCCAAAGUUCAAGAAUUUAAAUGUGGCACUGAACAGUUAUGGGAACCGGAUGCAACUAAAUUCAACUGCUUAAAAAUUAAAUGUGAGAAACCAAUACAUUUGGCCAAUUCUAAACUCACAUACAAUGAGUCAACAGAACACGUCUUGUACCACUGUGAUCCUGGAUAUUGGAUCUCACGUGGUGUGCAUAACAUCACUGGCUUUAUGUGCAAUGAGAGUGGUCUUUGGGAUCCUGAUCCUGUUUCUAUUGUCUUCUGCAUACGUACGUUGAAACCAAUCAAAAUAAUUUUUAACCCACAUCAUUAUGCAAGAAGCAAAUCUUGCACCUGGAAUGAACCAGAGAAACUAGCAUGGGUGUGGACUUCCACAUUUCACUUGAAACACGUUUACACCGGGUUGUGUCUCACUGCUCCGUAUGGACUCCUAGAUGAAACAGAAGGAGGUUUAUCACCCGGUGUGCGUGUAUUACCAUGCAAUCUAUCUGAACCUCUCCAACAGUGGGUCUGCCAAUCACGGAAUGCACUUCAUAUUAAACUGCGUGCUUUUAAAUCAAGCAUGAUUUUCGAUAAGGUUGAAGCAUUUGAUCGUGUGCAUAUGGCUGGCCCACAUUAUUCUGAAGAUUGUAAAUCACUGUGGAGAACAUUGGUGGAUAAUAAUUAUAUAUGUGAUGAGAGGUACAGACCUGGAGAGAAUUUAUUUCUUGUGAAGAACAAAGGUUGGAAACCUCCAUCUGAGGAUUUAUCAAUGAAUUGUAGUUACCCAGAAUUUACACCAAACAGUCAAUUUACUAAUCAAUCAACUGCAGAACAAAUAUGUUAUAUGAGCGGUGGUCGUCCUGCUAGAUCUACUGACCUUAUCAUGGGAGUCAAUGAUGGCUUUACAGAAGGGUGUGCAUGUGCCUAUGUAUCCCAGGAUGACAAGUUAUGGGCAGCUAUGGCACAUUCCGAUCCAAGUUGUUCAAGCAUACCUAAUGUUACAAAACCAGUUGGAGUUUUUUCAUGUACAAGCAAAAACACUGAUUACAUUUGGUGCUACAGAGGCUCUCCAUCCAGCAACAAAUAUUUUGGACUUCAAUACGCACCAUGGUGUGCUACUUAUUCUUUGUUAAGUCCAACAAAAGUUGGUUUAGAAGAAAGAAGUUGUUACUCAGCAAAUUACUUUGCUUGCAAGAAAAAGAUAAAAAAAGCUUGUGGUCCCCCUGUUGUGCCAGCAAACAGCCAUUUAACCAGAGAAGAUUGGAGUAUUGGAGGUGAUGGGGCAACUAUAAACUGUAACCCAGGUUAUGGCUUGUCAGCAGACCCCAUAUUUAGAAACAUCACUCUCACUUGCUUUAAUGCAGGAGGUGUCAAUGUAUGGGAACCAGAUUCAUUUUUAUUACAAUGCUUGCGAUUAUCAUGUCCUGACCCACCAUUUAAAGCCCACGGUUCAGUUGUCACAUCACCUGCAGGAAUAUUAUCUGGAGAUUAUAAAUUUAGUGAUAAAGUAACUAUAACUUGUGAUUAUGGUUAUGCAUUCGGUGGGAAGCCUGGUGCCAAAGUUCAAGAUAUUAAAUGUGGCACUGAACAGUUAUGGGAACCGGAUGCAACUAAAUUCAACUGCUUAAAAAUUAAAUGUGAGAAACCAAUACAUUUGGCCAAUUCUAAACUCACAUACAAUGAGUCAACAGAACACGUCUUGUACCACUGUGAUCCUGGAUAUUGGAUCUCACGUGGUGUGCAUAACAUCACUGGCUUUAUGUGCAAUGAGAGUGGUCUUUGGGAUCCUGAUCCUGUUUCUAUUGUCUUCUGCAUACCAUUAACAUGUGGUGAACCUGAUCCAUCACCAAGAGCAAAUAUAUUGGUCAGUAGUCACAGAUGGCUUGCUAACUUGACAUUAAACUGUGAACCUGGUUUAUCUGUUGUACCACAUGAUCUACGUAUUGUGUGUAAUCAAUAUGGAGACUGGGUACCUUCAUCUAAACACGCUUGGUGCAAAAAUGUAACAUGUCCUACACCUCAAGUAAAGUACAAAUACACAACAGCAAGCACCCCUCUCUUAGAUGUUUAUCUCUUUGCUCAAACACAACGGUAUCAUUGCAAUGAAACCGGGUAUGUGAUACGAAAUGGAUUUCAAAUCCACAAUCCCCACCAAACAGCUUGCCUCUCUGCUGAUGAUUCUACUUCUGUUAGUAUGGUUGCUCCUUGUGUACAUGAAGAUGUUAAACAAUUGUGGAUCUGGGAACACCUUUUUCAACUCAAAUCAGUGACAUCAGAGAACUGCUUGGCUAGAUCAGGUUCGACAGUCACAACCUCUCCAUGUAACUCAGCUGACAUCAACCAACACUGGGACUGUCCUGUGAUUCUGGAGCACCCUCUCCUAGUAGCAAUCAAAGGAACAAACUCAUUUCUUAGACCAAUAGAAGGAACAAACAAUGUUGGGAUAUCAAGCAAGGUUGAUGCAUUAUCGGCAUGGUUUAUCAGUGAUAAUGGUCUUGAUCAGAAUGUCUGCACACAACGAAAUGGUUUCCCCAUGCUUGAAACAAGAUGCACAGAGUUUGGUACGUGGAGUCUACCAGCUAAAGUGAUUAAGUGUGUGAUACAACACUGUCCACCGCUGGCUGAUAUCAGUGGUGCUACCAGAGAACUACAUGGUCCGAUUGGUAUAUAUGGGGUGAAUGCAACUUACACAUGCAAAGCAGGCUAUUGGUUGAAACCAGGAUUUGUAUCAGCCACACUAACUUGUGAUGAAACUGGAAACUGGUUUCCAAAACUAGAUGUAGUUCGUUGCACAAAACUCUUAUGUCCAGUUCCUUACCCUGUUCAAUAUGCAACUAUAGAAGGUCUAAUAUGGACUUAUGGCUCACAAAUCACCUACUCAUGUGCACCAGGGUUUUGGUUUUCAAGAGGCAGGCAGAGAUCAUGGGUUACUUGUGGGAUAAAAGCAAAGUGGGAGCCUGACCCUUCUCAUCUCACUUGUGAUCGGGUUAAGUGUCGUGAUCCAGGUCCCAUAUCAUCAGCAAAAUAUUAUUUACCAAGUGAAGAGAUUGAUUUUGAAGGGGUUAUCAAAUAUAAAUGUCUUCCUGGUUUUUGGAUCCGUCCUGGUGUAAUAUCAGCUGGUGUGACUUGUAAUGACCUUGGUGAAUAUACCCCUCACCCAAGUUCCAUCAGUUGCACUA